CACAGAAAGCUCAUAAAUGGAGAAGGAAAGGAAAAGCCAUGUAGCACACUGUUUGGUCCUACCUUAUCCUCUGCAAGGCCACAUCAAUCCUAUGCUUCAAUUCUCCAAGCGUUUGGUACAGAGAGGAGUAAAGGUCACACUGGCAAAUACUGUUUCCAUUUGGAACACUAUUAGCAACAUAAAUCUCACUUCCAUUGAAAUUGAGAGCAUCUCAGAUGGGUAUGAUGAGGGAGGACUUGCAGCAGCAGGAAGCAUAGAUGUUUAUAAAGAAACCUUUUGGAGAAUUGGACCACAAACCUUAGAUCAGCUUCUUCAGAAGCUUGCGAACUCAAACAACCCUGUAGAUUGUGUUAUCCAUGAUGCUUUCUUGCCUUGGGCCCUUGAUGUUGCCAAGAGUUUUGGGAUCCAGGUUGCUGUGUUUUUAACUCAAGCUUGUUCUGUUAACAAUAUAAACUUCCAUGCUUUUAAGAAAUUUCUUGAGUUACCUCUGUCACAGACAGAGAUCUUGCUACCAGGGUUACCAAAACUUGCACCUAAAGAUUUGCCAUCUUUCUUGUAUAAAUAUGGAUCCACACCAGGCUACUUUGAUAUACUUUUGAAUCAAUUUUCCAGGAUUGAUAAAGCAGAUUGGGUUCUUGUCAACACUUUUUAUGAACUGGAACCAGAGGUUGUGGAUUGGUUGGGUAAGCUUUGGCCGUUGAAGACAAUAGGACCAUCCUUGCCAUCUAUGUUCUUGGACAAAAGACUCAAAGAUGACAAAGACUACGAUAUUAGCAUCUUUAGUCCAAACAUAGAAGAUUGGAUCAAAUGGCUCGAUGAUAAACCCAAAGACUCAGUUGUGUAUGUCUCUUUUGGGAGCCUUGCAGGUCUGAGUGUGGAGCAAACAGAGGAACUAGCUUGGGGUUUGAAAGAUUGUGGGAGUUAUUUCAUAUGGGUGGUUAGAGAUUCUGAAAAGGAUAAGCUUCCAAAGGAAUUUUUGGACACAUCAGAGAAGGGUUUAAUAGUUACGUGGUGUCACCAAUUACAAGUCUUAACGCAUGAGGCUGUGGGGUGUUUUGUCACACAUUGUGGUUGGAACUCCACAUUGGAAGCUUUGUGUGUAGGAGUUCCAGUGAUUGCAAUGCCAGUGUGGACAGAUCAAAUUACUAAUGCAAAGCUUAUUAUAGAUGUAUGGAAAAUGGGACUCAAAGCUGUUGUUGAUGAGAAAGAGAUAGUUAGAAGAGAAACAAUUAAAGAUUGCAUAAAGGAAAUAAUGGAGAAUGAAAAAGGAAAUGAGAUAAAGAACAAUGCCAUCAAAUGGAAGAAACUGGCCAAGAAUGCUAUUGAUGAGGGAGGAAGUUCUGAUAAAAAUAUUGCAGAAUUUGUGGCUAAAUUGGCACACUGCUGAGCUACAUUAUUUUGAUGAGGGAGGAAGUUCUAGUAAAAGUUGUGUGUCACUACCAAAUUAUGAAUAAAUGUGGUGUGUCACUCUGAGCUUCCAAAUUAUGAUAUGCUAAACUUGCUCAGAAUUGUAGCUGUUGGCUUCUGAAAAGGUAACAAGAAAACAAGGUUGUCAAUAAAUUAUGGUGAGAAUGUGUUGGUGUGAAAAACAUGUACAAGAGUUGGCAUCUGAUUUUGCAUGUCAUCUCCUAAAUCGUUUAUUUUCUCUUAUUUCUCACUGAGUUUUGCAAGUUGAGUUUGCUGCAUCAUACAAAGAACUGUAGCAUAAACAACAACCACAUGUCUAAUCACAUAUAGUGUAUUAGACCCAAUAAAA